AUGCCGCCAGCAAAGAAGGAGUCCAAGGAGAAGAACACGCACAAGCUUGCCUUGAAGGGCUCCUCCAAGACUGUCACAGAAUUUUUCGAGUACUGCAUUAACACAAUCUUGUUCCAACGUGGUGUGUAUCCGCCCGAGGACUUUACAGCAGUCAAGAAAUAUGGUCUCAAUAUGCUGGUCUCCCAGGACGAUCAAGUCAAAGCAUACAUCAAGAAGAUCAUGUCCCAACUAAACAAGUGGAUGCUCAAGUCCAAAAUAUCAAAACUCAUCAUUGUCAUUACCAGCAAAGAGACUGGAGAACCUGUAGAAAGAUGGCAGUUUGACGUUCAAAUAUUCGGCAAAGACUCCAAGAAGAAGAGCUCCAGCAAAACUGCUGUCGAUGAGAACGCUGAGAAUGCCACCGAGCAAGCAUCUGAGAAAUCCGACCAAGAUGUGCAACAAGAGAUUCAAUCUAUCUUUCGCCAGAUCACCGCUUCUGUCACAUUCCUACCCAUGCUCGAUGGUAAUUGCACCUUCAACGUACUGGUUUACGCCGACCAAGACUCGGAGGUGCCCUUGGAAUGGGGUGACAGUGAUGCUAAAGACAUCCAAGAUGCUGAAAAGGUGCAGCUGCGCAGCUUCUCCACCAACAACCACAAGGUCGAUACACUUGUGAGCUACAGGUAUGUUGUCACCAUCGAUGUUAUCACAUGUCUUGCCUGUAGUAUCUAUAUCUGA